AUGAAAGAGAACAGAAAUAUUCAUCAUUUGAAAAAGAAAACCAGAUUUCCAAUUAGUAAGAUUAAAAAGAUUAUAUUACAAAAUGAAGAAAUUGGCAAAACAGCUUCUACUGUUCCAGUUGUAUUAAGUAAAGCAGUAGAAUUAUUUAUAAAAGAAGUUUCAACUAACGUUUAUAAAAGUUUAGAUGAAAGUGAUCACAAAAUAACCUUAGAAAAAUUAGAAGCUGUUCUUAAUAGUGAAAGAUAUUCUAUUUUAUUAAAGAAAUAA